AUGUCUCCCGCUUUCCAUCACCCCGCCCCAUUCCCCCGCUUUCCAUCACCCCGCCCCAUUCUCCCGCUUUCUAUCACCCCGCCCCACUCUCCCUCCUUCCAUCACCCCGCCCCAUUCUCCCUCCUUCCAUCACCCCGCCCCAUUCUCCCUCCUUACAUCACCACGCCUGAUUCUCUUGCCUUCCAUCACCCCGCCCCAUUCGCCCGCUUUCCAUCACCCCUCCCCAUUCUCCCGCUUUCCAUCAUCCUGCCCCAUUCUCCCGCUUUCCAUCACCCCACCCAACCGCUUUCCAUCACCCCGCCUCAUUCUCCCUCCUUCCAUCACCCCACCUUAUUCUCCCACUUUCCAUUACCCCGCCCCAUUCUCCCGCUUUCCAUCAACCCGCCCCAUUCUCCCGCUUUCCAUCACCCCGCCCCAUUCUCCCGCUUUCCAUCACCCCGCCCCACUCUCCCGCUUUCCAUCACCCUGCCCCAUUCUCCCGCUUUCCAUCACCCCGUCCCAUUCUCCCGCUUUCCAUCACCCCGCCCCAUUCUCCCGCUUUCCAUCACCCCGCCCCAUUCUCCCGCUUUCCAUCACCCCGCCCCAUUCUCCCGCUUUCUAUCACCCCGCCCCAUUCUCCCUCCUUCCAUCACCCCGCCCCAUUCUCCCUCCUUCCAUUACCCCGCCCCAUUCUCCCUCCUUACAUCACCCCGCCCCAUUCUCCUGCUUUCCAUCGCCCCGCCCCAUUCUCCCGCUUUCCACCACCCCGCCCCAAUCUCCCGCUUUCCAUCACCCCGCCCCAUUCUCCCGCUUUCCAUCACCCCACCCCAUCCUCCCACUUUCCAUCACCCCACCCCAUUCUCCCGCUUUCCAUCACCCCGCCCAUUCUCUCCCUUUCCAUCACCCCGCCCCAUUCUCCCGCUUUCCAUCACCCCGCCCCAAUCUCCCUCUUUCCAUCACCCCACCCCAUUCUCCCUCCUUCCAUCACCCCGCCCCAUUCUCCUGCCUUUCAUCACCCCGCCCCAUUCUCCCGCUUUCCAUCACCCCGCCCCAUUUUCCCGUUUUCCAUCACCCCGCCACAUUCUCCUGCUUUCCAUCACCCCGCCCCAUUCUCCCGCUUUCCACCACCCCGCCCCAUUCUCCCGCUUUCCAUCACCCCGCCCCAUUCUCCCGCUUUCCAUCACCCCACCCCAUCCUCCCACCUUCCAUCACCCCGCCCCAUUCUCCCUCCUUCCAUCACCCCAAACCAUUCUCCCGCUUUCCAUCACCCCACCCCAUUCUCCCCCUUUCCAUCAGCCCGCCCCAUUCUCUCCCUUUCCAUCACCCCGUCCCAUUCUCCCUCCUUCCAUCACCCCGCCCGAUUCUCUUGCCUUCCAUCACCCCGCCCCAUUUGCCCGCUUUCCAUCACCCCUCCCCAUUCUCCCGCUUUCCAUCAUCCUGCCCCAUUCUCCCGCUUUCCAUCAUCCUGCCCCAUUCUCCCGCUUUCCAUCACCCCGCCCCAUUCUCCCGCUUUCCAACACCUCGCCCCAUUCUCCCUCCUUCCAUCAACCCGCCUUAUUCUCCCGCUUUCCAUUACCCUGCCCCAUUCUCCCGCUUUCCAUCACCCCGCCCCAUUCUCCCGCUUUCCAUCACCCCGCCCCAUUCUCCCGCUUUCUAUCACCCCGCCCCAUUCUCCCUCCUUCCAUCACCCCGCCCCAUUCUCCCUCCUUCCAUCACCCCGCCCCAUUCUCCCGCUUUCUAUCACCCCGCCCCAUUCUCCUACUUUCCAUCACCCCGCCCCAUUCUCCCGCUUUCCAUCACCCCGUCCCAUUCUCCCGCUUUCCAUCACCCCGCCCCAUUCUCCCGCUUUCCAUCACCCCGCCCCAUUCCCCCGCUUUCCAUCACCCCGCCCCAUUCUCCCGCUUUCUAUCACCCCGCCCCACUCUCCCUCCUUCCAUCACCCCGCCCCAUUCUCCCUCCUUCCAUCAUCCCGCCCCAUUCUCCCUCCUUACAUCACCCCGCCUGAUUCUCUUGCCUUCCAUCACCUCGCCCCAUUCGCCCGCUUUCCAUCACCCCUCCCCAUGCUCCCGCUUUCCAUCAUCCUGCCCCAUUCUCCCGCUUUCCAUCACCCCGCCCCAUUCUCCCGCUUUCCAUCACCCCGCCUCAUUCUCCCUCCUUCCAUCACCCCACCUUAUUCUCCCGCUUUCCAUUACCCCGCCCCAUUCUCCCGCUUUCCAUCAACCCGCCCCAUUCUCCCGCUUUCUAUCACCCCGCCCCAUUCUCCCGCUUUCCAUCACCCCGCCCCACUCUCCCGCUUUCCAUCACCCUGCCCCAUUCUCCCGCUUUCCAUCACCCCGUCCCGUUCUCCCGCUUUCCAUCACCCCGCCCCAUUCUCCCGCUUUCCAUCACCCCGCCCCAUUCUCCCGCUUUCCAUCACCCCGCCCCAUUCUCCCGCUUUCUAUCACCCCGCCCCAUUCUCCCUCCUUCCAUCACCCCGCCCCAUUCUCCCUCCUUCCAUCACCCCGCCCCAUUCUCCCUCCUUACAUCACCCCGCCCCAUUCUCCUGCUUUCCAUCACCCCGCCCUAUUCUCCCGCUUUCCACCACCUCGCCCCAUUCUCCCGCCUUCCAUCACCCCGCCCCAUUCUCCCUCCUUCCAUCACCCCGCCCCAUUCUCCCGCUUUCCAUCACUCCGCCCCAUUCUCCCGCUUUUCAUCACCCCACCCCAUUCUCCCACUUUCCAUCACCCCGCCCCAUUCUCCCGCUUUCCAUCACCCCGCCCCAUUCUUUCGCUUUCCAUCACCCCGCCCCAUUCUCCCGCUUUCCAUCACCCCGCCCCAAUCUCCCUCUUUCCAUCACCCCACCCCAUUCUCCCUCCUUCCAUCACCCCGCCCCAUUCUUCUGCCUUCCAUCACCCCGCCCCAUUCUCCCGCUUUCCAUCACCCCGCCCCAUUUUCCCCUUUUCCAUCACCCCGCCACAUUCUCCUGCUUUCCAUCACCCCGCCCCAUUCUCCCGCUUUCCACCACCCCGCCCCAUUCUCCCGCUUUCCAUCACCCCGCCCCAUUCUCCCGCUUUCCAUCACCCCACCCCAUCCUCCCACCUUCCAUCACCCCGCCCCAUUCUCCCUCCUUCCAUCACCCCAAACCAUUCGCCCGCUUUCCAUCACCCCACCCCAUUCUCCCGCUUUCCAUCACCCCGCCCCAUUCUCUCCCUUUCCAUCACCCCGCCCCAUUCUCCCGCUUUCCAUCACCCUGCCCCAUACUCCCGCUUUCCAUCACCCCGCCCCAUUCUCCUGCUUUCCAUCACCCCGCCCCAUUCUCCCGAUUUCCAUCACCCCGCCCCAUUCUCCCGCUUUGUAUCACCCCGCCCCAUUCUCCCUCCUUCCCUCACCCCGCCCCAUUCUCCCUCCUUCAAUCGCCUCGCCCCAUUCUCCUGCUUCCCAUCACCCCGCCCCAUUCUCCCUCCUUCCAUCACCCCGCCCCAUUCUCCUGCUUUCCAUCACCCCGCCCCAUUCUCCAGCUUUCCAUCACCCCGCCCCAUUUUCCCGCUUUCCAUCACCCCGCCCCGUUCUUCCACUUUCCAUCACCUCGCCCCAUUCUCCCCCUUUCCAUCACCCCGCCCCAUUCUCCCGCUUUCCAUCACCCCGCCCUGUUCUCCCACUUUCCAUCACCCCGCCCCAUUCUCCUGCUUUCCAUCACCCCGCCCCAUUCUCUCGCUUUCCAUCACCCCGCCCCAUUCUCCCGCUUUCCAUCACCCUGCACCAUUCUCUUGCUUUCCAUCACCCUGCCCCAUUCUCCCUCUUUCCAUCACCCCGCCCCAUUCUCUCGCUUUCCAUCACCCCGCCCCAUUCUCUCUCCUUCCAUCACCCCGCCCCAUUCUCCCGCUUUCCAUCACCCCGCCCCAUUCUCCCACUUUCCAUCACCCCGCCCCAUUCCCCCGCUUUCCAUCACCCCGCCCCAUUUUCCUGUUUUCCAUCACCCCGCCCCAUUCUCCUACUUUCCAUCACCCUGCCCCAUUCUCCCGCUUUCCAUCACCCCGCCUCAUUCUCCCGCUUUCCAUCACCCCGCCCCAUUCUCCCUCCUUCCAUCACCCUGCCCGAUUCUCCCGCUUUCCAUCACCCCGCCCCAUUCUCCCGCUUUUCAUCACCCCGCCACAUUCUCCCACUUUCUAUCACCCCGCCCCAUUCUCCCUCCUUUCAUCACCCCGCCCUAUUCUCCCUCCUUCCAUCACCCCGCCCCAUUCUCCCUCCUUCCAGCACCCGCCCCAUUUUCUCGCUUUCCAUCAGCCCGCCCCAUUCUCCCGCUUUCCAUCACCCCGCCCCAUUCUCCCGCUUUCCAUCACCCCACCCCAUUCACCCGCUUUCCAUCACCCCGCCCCAUUCUCCCGCUUUCCCUCACCCCUCCCCAUUCUCCCGCUUCCCAUCAACCCGCCCCAUUCUCCCGUUUUCUAUCACCCGUCCCCAUUCUCCCUCCUUCCAUCACCCCGCCUCAUUCUCCCGCUUUCCAUCACCUCGCCCCAUUCUCCCGCUUUCCAUCACCCUGCCCCAUUCUCCCGCUUUCCAUCACCCCUCCCCAUUCUCCCUCCUUCCAUCACCCCGCCCCAUUCUCCCGCUUUCCAUCACCCGCCCCAUUCUCCCGCUUUCCAUUACCCCGCCCCAUUCUCCCGCUUUCCAUCACCCCGCCCCAUUCUCCCGCUUUCCAUCACCCCGCCCCAUUCUCCCGCUUUCCAUCACCCCGCCUCAUUCUCCCUCCUUCCAUCACCCCGCCCCAUUCUCCCGCUUUCCAUCACCCCGCCCCAUUCUCCCUCCUUCCAUCACCCCACCCCAUUCUCCCUCCUUCCAUCACCCCGCCCCAUUCUCCCGCUUUCUAUCACCCCGCCCCAUUCUCCCGCUUCCCAUAACCCUACCCCAUUCUCCCACUUUCCAUCACCCCGCCACAUUCUCCCGCUUUCUAUCACCCCGCCCCAUUCUCCCUCCUUCCAUCACCCCGCCCCAUUCUCCCGCUUUCCAUCACCCCCCCCCAUUCUCCCGAUUUCCAUCACCCCGCCCCAUUCUCCCGCUUUCCAUCACCCCGCCCCAUUCUCCCGCUUUCCAUCACCCCGCCCCAUUCUCCCGCUUUCCAUCAUCCCGCCCCAUUCUCCCUCCUUCCAUCACCCCGCCCCAUUCUCCCGCUUUCCAUCAUUCCGCCCCAUUCUCCCUCCUUCCAUCAGCCCGCCCCAUUCUCCCUCCUUCCAUCACCCCACCCCAUUCUCCCGCUUUCCAUCACCCCGCCCCAUUCUCCCGCUUCCCAUAACCCCACCCCAUUCUCCCGCUUUUCAUCACCCCGCCACAUUCUCCCACUUUCCAUCACCCCGCCCCCUUCUCUCUCCUUCCAUCACCCCGCCCCAUUCUCCCUCCUUCCAUCACCCCGCCCCAUUCUCCCGCUUUCCAUCAGCCCGCCCCAUUCUCCCGCUUUCCAUCACCCCGCCCCUUUCUCCCGCUUUCCAUCACCCCGCCCCAUUCUCUUGCUUUCCAUCACCCCGCCCCAUUCUUCCGCUUCCCAUCAUCCCGCCCCAUUCCCCCGCUUUCCAUUACCCCUCCCCAUUCUCCCUCCUUCCAUCACCCCGCCCCAUUCUCUCGCUUUCCAUCACCCCGCCCCAUUCUCCCGCUUUCCAUCACCCCGCCCCAUUCUCCCGCUUUCCAUCACCCCGCCCCAUUCUCCCUCCUUCCAUCACCCCGCCCCAUUCUCCCGCUUUCCAUCACCCCGCCCCAUUCUCCCUCCUUCCAUCACUCGCCCCAUUCUCCCUCCUUCCAUCACCCCGCCCCAUUCUCCCGCUUUCCAUCACCCCGCCCCGUUCUCCCGCUUUCCAUCUCCCCGCCCAAUUCUCCCGCUUUCCAUCACCCCGCCCCAUUCUCCCGCUUUCCAUCACCCCGCCCCAUUCUUCCGCUUCCCAUCAUCCCGCCCCAUUCCCCCGCUUUCCAUCACCCCUCCCCAUUCUCCCGCUUUCCAUCAUCCGCCCCAUUCUCCCGCUUUCCCGCCCCAUUCUUCCGCUUUCCAUCACCCCGCCCCAUUCUCCCGCUUUCCAUCACCUCGCCCCAUUCACCCGCUUUCCAUCACCCGCCCCAUUCUCCCGCUUUCCAUCACCCCGCCCCAUUCUCCCGCUUUCCAUCACCCCGCCCCAUUCACCCGCUUUCCAUCACCCGCCCCAUUCUCCCGCUUUCCAACACCCCGCCCCAUUCUCCCGCUUUCCAUCACCCCGCCCCAUUCACCCGCUUUCCAUCACCCCGCCCCAUUCUCCCGCUUUCCAUCACUCAGCCCCAUUCUCCCGCUUUCCAUCACCCCGACCCAUUCUACCGCUUUCCAUCACCCCGCCCCAUUCUCCCUCCUUCCAUCACCCCGCCUCAUUCUCCCUCCUUCCAUCACCCCGCCCCAUUCUCCCGCUUUCCAUCACCCCGCCCCAUUCUCCCGCUUUCCAUCACCCAGCCCCAUUCUCCCGCUUUCCAUCACCCCGCCCCAUUUUCCCGCUUUCCAUCACCCCGCCCCAUUCUCCCGCUUUCCAUCACCCCGCCCCAUUCUCCCGCUUUCCAUCACCCCUCCCCAUUCUCCCUCCUUCCAUCACCCCGCCCCAUUCUCUCGCUUUCCAUCACCCCGCCCUAUUCUCCCGCUUUCCAUCACCCCGCCCCAUUCUCCCGCUUUCCAUCACCCCGCCCCAUUCUCCCUCCUUCCAUCACCCCGCCCCAUUCUCCCGCUUUCCAUCACCCCGCCCCAUUCUCCCUCCUUCCAUCACCCCGCCCCAUUCUCCCUCCUUCCAUCACCCCGCCCCAUUCUCCCGCUUUCCAUCACCCCGCCCCAUUCUCCCGCUUUCCGUCUCCCCGCCCAAUUCUAACGCUUUCCAUCACCCCGCCCCAUUCUCCCGCUUUCCAUCACCCCACCCCAUUCUUCCGCUUCCCAUCAUCCCGCCCCAUUCCCCCGCUUUCCAUCACCCCUCCCCAUUCUCCCGCUUUCCAUCAUCCGCCCCAUUCUCCCGCUUUCCCGCCCCAUUCUUUCGCUUUCCAUCACCCCGCCCCAUUCUCCCGCUUUCCAUCGCCCCGCCCCAUUCACCCGCUUUCCAUCACCCGCCCCAUUCUCCCGCUUUCCAUCACCCCGCCCCAUUCCCCCGCUUUCCAUCACCCCGCCCCAUUCACCCGCUUUCCAUCACCCGCCCCAAUCUCCUGCUUUCCAACACCCCGCCCCAUUCUCCCGCUUUCCAUCACCCCGCCCCAUUCUCCCGCUUUCCAUCACCCCGCCCCAUUCUCCCGCUUUCCAUCACUCCGCCCCAUUCUCCCGCUUUCCAUCACCCCGACCCAUUCUACCGCUUUCCAUCACCCCGCCCCAUUCUCCCUCCUUCCAUCACCCCGCCUCAUUCUCCCUCCUUCCAUCACCCCGCCCCAUUCUCCCGCUUUCCAUCACCCCGCCCCAUUCUCCCGCUUUCCAUCACCCAGCCCCAUUCUCCCGCUUUCCAUCACCCCGCCCCAUUUUCCCGCUUUCCAUCACCCCGCCCCAUUCUCCCGCUUUCCAUCACCCUGCCCCAAUCUCCCGCUUUCCAUCACCCCACCCCAUUCUCCCUCCUUCCAUCACCCCGCCCCAUUCUCCCGCUUUCCAUGACCCCGCCCUAUUCUCCCGCUUUCCAUCACCCCGCCCCAUUCUCCCGCUUUCCAUCACCCCGCCCCAUUCUCCCGCUUUCCAUCACCCCGCCCCAUUCUCCCGCUUUCCAUCACCCCGCCCCAUUCUCCCGCUUUCCAUCACCCCGCCCCAUUCUCCCGCUUUCCAUCACCCCGCCCCAUUCUCCCGCUUUCCAUCACCCCGCCCCAUUCACCCGCUUUCCAUCACCCGCCCCAUUCUCCCGCUUUCCAUCACCCCGCCCCAUUCUCCCGCUUUCCAUCACCCCGCCCCAUUCACCCGCUUUCCAUCACCCGCCCCAUUCUCCCGCUUUCCAACACCCCGCCCCAUUCUCCCGCUUUCCAUCACCCCGCCCCAUUCUCCCGCUUUCCAUCACCCAGCCCCAUUCUCCCGCUUUCCAUCACCCCGCCCCAUUUUCCCGCUUUCCAUCACCCCGCCCCAUUCUCCCGCUUUCCAUCACCCCGCCCCAUUCUCCCGCUUUCCAUCACCCCUCCCCAUUCUCCCUCCUUCCAUCACCCCGCCCCAUUCUCUCGCUUUCCAUCACCCCGCCCCAUUCUCCCGCUUUCCAUCACCCCGUCCCAUUCUCCCGCUUUCCAUCACCCCGCCCCAUUCUCCCUCCUUCCAUCACCCCGCCCCAUUCUCCCGCUUUCCAUCACCCACCGCAUUCUCCCGCUUGCCAUCACCCCGCCCCAUUCUCCCUCUUUCCAUCACCCUGCCCCAUUCUCCCUCUAUCCAUCACCCCGCCCAAUUCUCCCGCUUUCCAUCACCCCGUCCCAUUCUCCCGCUUUCCAUCACCCCGCCCCAUUCUCCCUCUUUCCAUUCCCCCGCCCCAUUCUCCCGCUUUCCAUGACCCUGCCCCAUUCUCCCGCUUUCCAUCACCCCGCUCCAUUCUCCCGCUUUUCAUCACCCCGCCCAAUUCUCCCUCUUUUCAUCACCCCUCCCCAUUCUCCCUCUUUCCAUCACCUCGCCCCAUUCUCCCGCUUUCUAUCACCCCGCCCCAUUCCCCCUCUUUCCAUCAGCCCGCCCCAUUCUCCCGCUUUCCAUCACCCCGCCCCAUUCUCCCUGUUUCCAUCACCCCGCUCCAUUCUCCCGCUUUCCAUCACCUUGCCCAAUUCUCCCUCUUCCCAUUACCCCGCCCCAUUCUCCCUCUUUCCAUCACCCCGCCCCAUUCUCCCGCUUUCCAUCACCCCACCCCAUUCUCCCUCUUUCCAUCACCCCGCCCCAUUCUCCCUCUUUCCAUCACCCCGCCCCGUUCUCCCGCUUUCCAUCACCCCGCCCCAUUCUCCCGCUUUCCAUCACCCCGCCCCAUUCUCCCCAUUUCCAUCACCUUGCCACAUUCUCCCGCUUUCGAUCACCCCGCCCAAUUCUCCUGCUUUCCAUCACCCCGUCAGAUUCUCCCGCUUUCCAUCACCUCGCCCCAUUCUUUCGCUUUCCAUCACCCCACCCCAUUCUCCCUCUUUCCAUCACCCCGCCCCAUUCUCCCGAUUUACAUCACCCCGCCCCAUUCUCCCGCUUUCCAUCACCCCGCCCCAUUCUCCCUCUUUCCAUCAGCCCGCCCCAUUCUCCCUCUUUCCAUCACCCCGCCCCAUUCUCCCUCUUUCCAUCACCCCGCCCCAGUCUCCCACUUUCAAUCACCCCGCCCCAUUCUCCCGCUUUCCAUCACCCCGCCCCAUUCUCCCCCUUUCCAUCACCCCGCCCCGUUCUCCCGCUUUCCAUCACCCCGCCCCAUUCUCCCUCUUUCCAUCACCCCGCCCCAUUCUCCCUCUUUCCAUCACCCCGCCCCAGUCUCCCACUUUCAAUCACCCCGCCCCAUUCUCCCGCUUUCCAUCACCCCGCCCCAUUCUCCCCCUUUCCAUCACCCCGCCCCAUUCUCCCCCUUUCCAUCACCCCGCCCCAUUCUCCCACUUUCCAUCACCCCGCCCCAUUCUCCCGAUUUCCAUCACUCCUCCCCAUUGUCCCACUUUCCAUCACCCCGCCCCAUUCUCCCUCUUUGCAUCAGCCCGCCCCAUUCUCCCUCUUUCCAUCACCCCGCCCCAUUCUCCCGCUUUCCAUCACCCCGCCCACUUCUCCCACUUUCCAUCACCCCGCUCCAUUCUCCCGCUUUCCAUCACCCUGCCCAAUUCUCCCUCUUCCCAUUACCCCUCCCCAUUCUCCCUCUUUCCAUCACCCCGCCCCAUUCUCCCGCUUUCCAUCACCCCGCCCCAUUCUCCCUCUUUCCAUCACCCCGCCCCAUUCUCCCGCUUUCCAUCACCCCGCCCCAUUCUCCCUCUUUCCAUCACCCCGCCCCAUUCUCCCGCUUUCCAUCACCCCGCCCCAUUCUCCCGAUUUCCAUCACCCCGCCCCAUUCUCCCGCUUUCCAUCAACCCGCCCCAUUCUCCCCUCUUUCCAUCAGCCCGCCCCAUUCUCCCUCUUUCCAUCACCCCGCCCCAUUCUCCCGCUUUCCAUCACCCCGCUCCAUUCUCCCGCUUUCCAUCACCCGGCCCCAUUCUCCCUCUUUCCAUCACCCUGCCCCAUUCUCCCUCUAUCCAUCACCCCACCCAAUUCUCCCGCUUUCCAUCACCCCGCCCCAUUCUCCCUCUAUCCAUCACCCCACCCAAUUCUUCUCUUACCAUCACCCCGCCCCAUUCUCCCGCUUUCCAUCACCCCGCCCAAUUCUCCCACUUUCCAUCACCCCGCUCCAUUCUCCCGCUUUCCAUCACCCCGCCCAAUUCUCCCUCUUCCCAUUACCCCGCCCCAUUCUCCCUCUUUCCAUCACCCCGCCCCAUUCUCCCGCUUUCCAUCACCCCCGCCCCAUUCUCCCUCUUUCCAUCACCCCGCCCCAUUCUCCCUCUUUCCAUCACCCCGCCCCGUUCUCCCGCUUUCCAUCACCCCGCCCCAUUCUCCCGCUUUCCAUCACCCCGCCCCAUUCUCCCCCAUUUCCAUCACCUUGCCACAUUCUCCCGCUUUCGAUCACCCCACCCAAUUCUCCUGCUUUCCAUCACCCCGUCAGAUUCUCCCGCUUUCCAUCACCUCGCCCCAUUCUUUUGGCUUUCCAUCACCCCACCCCAUUCUCCCUCUUUUCAUCACCCCGCCCCAUUCUCCCGAUUUAG